UCAAAAAAAAAAAAAGAACAACUAGUUCAGCACAAAUUAUAUCAGGUAUAUUUAAACCGACAGAAAAAUAAUUAUAUACUUUUGCACUUUUGGUACCCAUGACCGCCUUUUAAUCCACCACCGAAUCCCCGAUGAACAGCGACUCCUCCCGUCGUUCCCCCGCCACCGCACACGACGGCGUCGAUGGCGACCCCGUGGUGUGGGCGGCGGUCGACGAGAGCCUCGGCGAAGUGCAGUCGAUGUUGGACCGCAACCGCCGCCUGAUCGAUGAGGUGAACGAGAAUCAACAAACGAGGCUCCGCCACAACAUGGUCAAGAACGUGUCCCUCAUUCAGGAGCUCAACGGCAACAUCUCGAAGGUCCUCUCGCUCUACUCCGAUCUCAACUCCACUUUCUCCGCCGCAUUCCAGAACCACCACUCCGCCGCCAACGUGACCCCUGACAAAUCGUGACUCAACACGCGGCUUCACUCGCUCCGUUAUUCGUUUCAGAUUCGAUUUUGAUCUGCUUUGCUCGUGUCCGUUUCGUAAUUUCUUACUCUGCAAUUAUUAUUCCUUUUUUCGAGCAUCUUUCUGCUAUAAUGUGAGAGAAGAACAUUAUAUUGUUUAAUUAUUCUGUAACUUGUCAUGGAUUUAUUAAAUUUUGGAAUGAAUUGUUACGUUUAUUA